CCCAACAUCUAGAAGCUCCAGGACGAGAAGAGACAAAGGAGCACAGAUUUUACAGCUUUACAUCAUGGAACAUGCUGCUAUUUUACCAAAUGCUUCCUUCUACUUGGGGCCACAGGGGGAGCCCCCUCUGUCGCACACCGGCUUCAUCUGCCUUGCCAUCAUCAUGGCCAUUUUUACUGGACCGGCCAUUGUACUCAACGCCACAGUGAUCAUUGUGACUCUUAUGCACAAGCAGCUGAGGCAGCCACUUAACUAUGCUCUGGUGAACAUGGCAGUGGCUGACCUGGGUACAGCCAUGACUGGAGGGGUGCUGUCUGUGGUCAACAACGCCCAGGGCUACUUCUCCCUGGGUAGAACAGGCUGUGUGAUGGAGGGCUUUGCCGUGUCCUUGUGUGGCAUCACAUCUCUGUGCACAGUCGCUCUGAUCGCAGUGGAGAGGAUGUUUGUAAUAUGCAAGCCUUUGGGACUGAUAACUUUCCAGAAGCAUCAUGCAGUUGCAGGUAUCGCCUUUUCCUGGCUCUGGUCCUUCAUAUGGAACGUACCUCCGCUGUUUGGAUGGGGCAGGUAUGAGUUGGAAGGUGUUGGGACGUCCUGUGCUCCAGACUGGCACAACAGAGACCCUAAAAACGUCUCCUACAUCGUGGCUUAUUUUGCAGUGUGUUUUGCAGUUCCCUUUGCCAUCAUCUUGUUAUCAUAUGGAAAACUAAUGUGGACGUUACACCAGGUGACAAAGAUGGCCUGUGUGGAGGGUGGUGCUGUGGCUAAAGGAGAGACGAAGGUGGCGUUCAUGGUGAUUUUGAUGGUUCUGACUUUUCUGAUCAGCUGGUUACCUUAUGCUGGUCUGGCCAUGCUGGUGGUCUACGACCCUGAUGUGGAGAUCGACCCUCUGGUCGGCACUGUGCCCGUUUACCUGGCCAAGAGCAGCACAGUGUACAAUCCUCUUAUCUACAUCUACCUCAACAAACAGUUUCGUAAAUAUGCAGUGCCCUUCCUGCUGUGUGGGAGACAGGACUGGGUGGAAGAUGAGGCGUCAGAGGCAGCAACGAUGGUGGACUCUGCAAUGCCCAAAGUGUCUCCUGCCUGACAUAACAAGCCAUAAUCAUCUUCUGCCUGAGACUAACUUAAUGCAGCUCACACAUCUACUUCAGGAAAAUCCUUAGUCUUUAUUUUUUGUAUAAACAUAAUGGGAUUAUAUUGUAGACACCAUUUAUAAAAUGUAAAAGGGUAAAACUAUAGUUGUGGUUAAGUGUCCGCUUAUUCUUUAAUUGACGAGAACAGAGAUUCAUAAUUCAUCUUAAGUUUAUUCAAUGAUGAUCAAUAGAAAAUAAAAUAUCAGUAUCGAUUCAAAUAAAGUCAAGGCCAACAUAAAAUGAAAAAUACAAAAAAAGUAUUGAUACAAAACCUAGAAGGUUAGAGUAAAGCAUUUGCUACUAAGAGAAAUUAUGUUUACUGAUUAAAAACAUUAAGGAGCAAAUAUCAAGACUUUCAAGUAGAGAACAUUACCAUGGGUCUUUCCAUACUUUUGUACAUAUUUUACAUUAUCUUCUAUUUUAAUACAGCUUUCAGAACAUUAAUAGUUGUAAUAGUAAUUAUAAUCAUAACAAUAUGAAGAAAACAAAUAGAAACGUUCAAAUCAAUAUUUGUGUUUCUCUGUAAGCAGGUACUUUACCAUUAUAUUUUUUUUAUCCUACCCGUGAACAGAGGAACAGUGCACCUUUAAAAAUUUUUUUAAUACUCUUUCAUUCCCAGCAUUGUAAGGUGAGGUGUAAAUGACAAAUAUAGAUUCCACUAAACCAUACACACAGUCACAAAAAGUACAAAAUUGUCUCACCUUGAUACACAAAUCUGUUUAGAAAAAGGAGAAACAAAAGCACUAUACAGUUACUUGUGCAAAGACAAACAGCUAUGUGCUAAUAUUUAGAUACCAUUGGUAUAGACCGAACCAAAUCGUUAUUUUCUUUUUUUCAGGAAUCCCUGACAUGAGGUAAAAGUAAGUUCUUUUCAUCUUUAGUUUAACACAACUUUUAAAAGUGUUUACAAAAUAAUGCAUAUCUUCAGUUCAUUAGUACUGUAAUUGCUACGAAUAGUACAAUGUGCCUGUUAUGUGCAUUGGUCCUUUUAUAGACAGUCAUCAACAAAAGGACUAGAACACAUUUUUUUUACUCACAAACAAUUCAAAGAGCCCUUUCAAUGUGCACACAAAAUGGAAAACCUACAUUUUCAUGACAGUAUCCGGUUGAAUUAGAGUACAGGACGCACUCGCUUACAAAUCAAACACUCAUGAACAACAGAUCACAUACCUAUUUCAAAGUCGCCAUGGUAAUGCCUGAAAAGACCCACUUCCAUUUAUUUCGUCCAGUAUCCUCUUUGUGAUCAAUAAAUGAUAAAAAUAAAGGAUAUUUUGUUGUCUUCCAUUCCAA